AUAACGGGUCUUUCGGCGCAAACUGCUGCAACCUGGAGCAUUUUGGCUCAGUCCACUGGGGCAGGAGAUCAGCUGCUCCUCUGACCCGAGCAGUGGAGGAGAUCUGUGAGAGAUGCUUCACAGAGAGGAAGAUCUGCGGCAAAAAUGAGGACUUUUCUCCUUCUGCUCGGGUUUGUCCGCAUCGGCCCGAUUUGGAGCUUUUUUGAAGGAGCCUGUCCCAGAAAAGAUCCGCCCCCUGGCGUGCUGGUUUUAUCUCCGGGAAGUAGGCUGGUCCUGACCUGCAGUGGCCUCGUGAAGGUGAACGGAGAAAAGGUCAUCCUGACCAGAACAGGCCCGCACGCCAACAGCAGAAGAACUUCAACUGCUAAAGUCCCGACUGUGACUCACAACAGCACCGCCUCCACAACGGGUCAAAAACCGUCCAUGCGGAGUACGGCAAACGAGGAACACCAGCACGCCACUUCUACAGAAACCCUAAAGAACACAGUAAACAAAACGUCUCCCCUCAUGGUCCAGCCAACCAGCAGCAGCAGAACAGCAGAAGAUAAAACAGACUGGGAGAAUGAGGAGAUGGACACUGAGGGAGGCGUUAGGGUGACCAGGGGGGUUCGGUGGAGGCCUCAGUGGAAAUGGAACAAGCUGCUGGUGGGCAGAGGAGGUAGAGACUGGGGGGAAAUCAAGGUGAUGAAGGGUGGAGAGACUCUGUGUCUGCCCUCAGUGAGAGCGUCUGACAGCGGGAGGUUCAUGUGUCACCGUGGAGGCACAGAAACCUUUGCUCUUAAAGUCGUCGUUGCAGAUCCUCCAGAGAGGCCCAGUCUGUCCUGCUACAAAAAGGCCCCAAAAAGUAAAAUCCGCUGUGAGUGGAAGCCUCUAAAGACACAGGUCAAGCAGCCCAGCUGUUUUCUCUCUCUGAGUAAAGGUUCUGAAAAAGCGUUCCAGCAAAUUCCGUGUUCCUCUUCGCCCUCCCGCUGCUGGUGUGCUGUGGACUACAAUGAAGACGAUCAGGGAACUCUUCACUUGGCAUUUCUGUGUGCAACCAGCAUCGUGGGCAACGCCACCAGCGAGGUGCUGCACUUUAAACCUAUGGAGAUUGUCAAGCCAGAUCCACCUUCAAACAUCUUAGUGCACCAGCAGGAAGGACACUCCAGGAGAAUAGAAGUCACAUGGAACCGUCCCACUACAUGGCCACAAGACAACUACUAUGGAAUCAUCUAUGAGCUUAAGUACAGACCUUCAAUUUCCUUACAUGAGCAGGUGAAUCUGAUUAACGGCCAGCAGUCAUACAGUAUCCAUGAUGCUUUGUCCGGUCUUGACUAUGUGAUUCAGCUGAGAUCCAAAGAAGAGUAUGAAGGUCGUUGGAGCGAGUGGAGUUCACCUGUUUAUGCCAGGAGCUGGAAUGAAACCAAAACAGAGGACCCAGCAUUCUCUUUGGAUUCUCAUGAAAAGGUCAAUCAAGAGGUUGACCAUGAUGGAUCAGGCUCUGGAUGGGACCCAGACAACACAGAAAGUUCUACAGCAGACGCCCGUGUGUACUCGUGCAUUUGGUUACAUCACAUCGUUUGGGUUUCUGGCCUUUUUGCCGUUUUGUCAGUUAUUUUAGUCCUCUACAUUUUCAGACACAAGGUCCGAAUAAUGUCGAAGCUUCACCGCAUGGGAGUCUUCUCAAAGUGUGGUGGCUUUUGGCCGUCUUCUCCCUCCGACCCGGCACCUCCAGAGGGGAAGGCUCUGGUGACCUUCUCACCUCAACUUCUCAACAAACAACCGCCAAGUGAUCCUCAAGAGGAGGAAAAUGAGGAAGAAGAAACUCUGACGGACAGAAUAGAAGCGAUGCACUUCAACAACAACACCUAUUUCUUUCUGCAGAGACAGCCGUGAACAUCGAACGGUUUGGUCCUCUUGGGAGGUUGAUUCCAUCUGGGGGAAUAAAGAACAGCUCCAUGAAACGUUCAGCAACAGCUUGUAUAUACUGUAUAUUCAUAUUUCUACCUCUAACCCUGAAUUUCUACUUUGUUCAUAAAUGUACAUUUAGAUGAGUUCGUAUUCAUGCAUUUUCUUAAAAGCUAUUUUUACAAUAUUUUCUUUUGCUUGAUGCAAAAUAAAAGCACUAUUACCUGUGUAAACGUUCACUUGCCCUCAUGCACUAUUACAAUGUCAUUAAAGAGGACAAAAUUUACAUUCA